AGAUAAGAAGAAGAAGAGCUCACUUCGUCCUGGCCGCUCCCCUCCUCACCCUUCCCCCGCGGCUCCAUCUCCUCCACUUGCUAAUUAACUGAUACAUACAUACGUACGUACACACAUCCUCCUCCUCCUCCUCCUCCUCGCCGCAGCAGUCGUCGUCCCGGGAAUCACCGCACAAAGGAAUCGGCGACCGACAGCAGAGUAAACAAAAAAAGAAUUGAAGAAAAAAAGAGGGGAAGGAAUCGCAGCAACAGCCACCGCCGCCAUGGCAAACAUGAUCAUGGCCUCCGCCUCCUCCAAAGCUUUCAUUGCCAUUGCCUCCUCCUCCCCAACGCCAUCUUCCACCCCAAAACUCCUCAAUCCCAAACCCCUUACCCCCCGUCUGCAUCCACAUCAAUACCACUCCUCUCUCCCCCAAAAUAAAAUACCCCUGCCCAAACUUCCCUCCCUCGUCGCAGCUGCCACUGCCGCCGGCUUCUCCCUCGCCCACGCUCCCCCUUCCUUCGCUGCCGAAAUCGAGAAGGCUGCCCUUUUCGACUUCAACCUCACCCUUCCCAUCAUAGCGGUGGAGUUCUUGUUCCUCAUGUUCGCAUUGGACAAGGUCUACUACACCCCGCUCGGGAAAUUCAUGGAUGAGCGGGACGCCGCCAUCAGAGAGAAGCUCAGCAGCGUCAAGGACACUUCCGAGGAGGUUAAGCAGCUGGAGGAGCAGGCCGCGGCGGUGAUGAAGGCUGCCAAGGCCGAGAUAUCUGCAGCCCUCAACAAGAUGAAGAAGGAGACACAGAUCGAGGUGGAGCAGAAGCUGGCAGAGGGGAGGAAGAGGGUGGAGGCUGAGCUGCAGGAGGCGUUGGCUACUUUGGAGACGCAGAAGGAGGAUACUGUGAAAGCUCUUGACUCGCAGAUUGCCGCCCUCAGCGAUGAGAUUGUGAAGAAGGUGCUCCCUCUUUCUUGAGGCAAGGCACGGCACGGCACAGCACAGCCCCGCCCCGCCCAGCGGAAGAGGGUGAUACGUAUUCCAAUCUCUAUUUAUGUUACGCUUUAUCCAUCCAUCUAUCUCACCCACCCCACCCCUCUCCCCUAGCUUUUCUCCAACUAUUCGGUCUGAAUUAAGCUGAUGCAUCUAUGUUGUAUAAAUGACUACUGAGAACAUUGAGCACCAACCAGUUAAUGUUUGAAUUUGAUGGCUGCUACA